ACAUGCUUUACAUGUACACGUAUUGUGCCAUUUUUUAAUUGUAGCAUCCUGCAUUGAAAGGACAGUGCAUACCAAUGAAUGAAGAGGGAAUCAGUGAUUCAUUGUGGAAGUCGGUCAAUGACUACAAGCCAUAUAGUCUGGCUGAGCUCCCUGUCUCCAUAUUUGGUAAUUUCUAUGACAAUAGGAGAGAGCAAAGACUUAGGUACCUCAAUGACGUCCGAGAGAAGGUCUUAAAGAGGGCGGGGUCACAUCUGACCAACGAGCUUACGCUUGAAGACGUCAUUCACGAAGAAGUCAUACCAAAUAUCACUACUCUUGGCAAGACUUUGCUGGGUUUCUUUGCUCCUCGUCGUCCUCUGAAACCAGUGAGGACCCUCCGUAGGAAACCAAAGCCACAGAAUGUACAUGUUGAGUCCUGCCACAUUAGAGUAAGGGUCGUGAGGGCAGUCAAUGUACCCGUACGAGAAGAAGAACUAAGAUAUAAUGAGACUCUUGUUCAAAGUUUUGUUGAGGUGAGAUUUGGAAAGGAGUCCAGCAAGACAGCCUCAGCCCAUGGACCAUACCCACAUUGGAACGAAGAGCUGACGUUACCUUUUUGUCCGCCUGAUGAUGAUUUCAGUCCAUUAGCGUUACAGAAAAUAUCACAUGAAUUGGAGAUACAUUUGUAUGAUGAGAUUACAGUGAAUAUAUCGAUGGAUGAAGUUCAGAGACAUCAAAGAUUAGAAAAGAAAUGGUUGGGAUCUCUUACAAUUCCUUUCUCUACUCUACACGAUAGAGCAAGAGUAGAUUUUAAUUUGAAGAAAAAGAUUGUAGAACUUGAUUCUGAUACCAUUGAGAUACAUAUAUCAUAUAAAGAUAUUCAUAAGACUGAGUGGCAAUUUUUAAGUCUAAUUAGAUGGGGUAUGCAGGGUGUAAUGCUGGUCUAUGAUGUCACUAGUAAUAAAUCAUUUGAAACAGUUGAGAAUAUAGAUAGGCUGCCACAUUUAGAAUUUGGUGAGUCUGCUAUUAAGAUAUUGCUGGUAGGUAAUAAGAUAGACUUGGGGAGCCAGAGAGUAGUUCCAAAGGAAAAAGGAGAGUGGUUAGCUCAAAAAAGGAACAUGCUUUUUCUAGAAACUUCAGCUAUUACAGGUAGUAAUAUUGAUGAGGCAUUUAAAACCAUUAUCAGAAACAUCAAGAAACAUAAAGACAUCAAGAAAGUGAAGAAACAUAUGGUUCAGGAUGUAAGUUUAAGUUACAUUGUUUGUUUUUCCUUACAAAUUUUUUUAUGUGAAUUUUAUUUCUACUUUCUAUUGGUUCAGGAAGGUGUAAGUUUAUAUUACAUUAUUCAUUAAUGUUAUUUUGUCUCUCCUUACAAAUGUUACUUGUGUCAAUUACCCCGGUAUAUUUCUUCUCCUAUUGGUUCAGUAUUCUGUAAGUUUAAUUUACACUAUUCAUUAAUGAUACUUGUCUAUCCUAAAUGUUGCUUUGUAUGAAUUAUAUUUCUUCUUUGAUUCAGUCU